AUUGGGAUGCGGCCACUUUGGACCAUUUUGGUGAUUUGCUCUCUCUGGAGUUUAAACGAGGCCGGCCAUAUCGACUAUGUAGGAGAUUAUAUUAUAAGAAAUGAGCUUUGUCUAUUCGUUCCUUCUUAUGGCGUAUGCAGGGGCAGAUUUCGAGCAUUUGGUUAUGAUUAUAGAUCAAAUCGUUGCAUAUUAUUUUUCUACAGCGGCUGUGGCGGUAAUGCGAAUCGAUUUCAAACUGAGAAUGAAUGUCGUAGACGUUGUCGAUAUGAUCAGGAAGAUGAGGGCACUGUACCCAAUUAUGAUUAUUCUAGUUCAAGUACAACCGAAGAUUAUUAUGAUCUACAACCCACAAUGGAAAUGGAGAACUAUCCAGAUCAUCGUUAAUACACACAUAUAAUUGAAUUGACAAAUAGGUAGAAUACCUUUUUCUCUUUUUUAUUGCGGGAAAUUUCCUUCAGCAAUCUUUCCGAGGGUCGAUAAUCAGCAGAAUAUCAAAACAUGAUACAUAUUCAUUCAUAUUCAACACUUGAUAUAUAUAUAAAUAGACAGUAAUUUCACAUUUUAUGAGGAAUACAAAAUUGGGGGAGUUGAGAUAUGUAGGUUAGUCCUCUCUAUGUGGAAGGUCCAGGGUAUGGUGGUUAAUUUGGCUAUCCAGUCGGUCCAAGUACGCUCUUGUCAUCAUAGCGAUCUCAUCCUCCACCAAUGGGAUUCUUAGUACCGUGUGGAUCUCUGAAUUUAACUGGUUGCCAUUUGUCACAAUUCUUUUGAGCGUUUUGUUUUGGAAUCGAUCUAUUAUUUCCCUGCAGUGCACUAGAUCGGAAAUCCAUUGGUUCAUACUGGUCUAAGAAUGGUCUUACAUAUCAGAGUUUUAGGGUUGAUUUGCAUUCCACCAUCCAGAGGAACUUCUCCAAUCUUGUGUCCAGUAUUUUCUUCUUAUCUAUGAUGUCAGAUCUCUAAGUAAGCCACUUAUUUUCAUUUAGGUAUUUUUAUUGAUUUAGAACUUAACACUCUAAAUAUUUAAUAAUGAUAAUAUUAAUACUAAAGAACACCCAAAAUUAAGAACAGAAUUAAGAAAGCUAUUGUAAAUUUUUAAUGCUAAUUAAAAGCCUUAAAACUGCCAA